AUGAACGACCUAUUCUCAAACUCCUUCAGACAAUACGGUGACCCGCAGCAACAAGCGAACCUUGAUGACAUGGAGGCCGGGAAGGAAAGUGUGAAUCUGGAUAAAUUCUUUGAAGAUGUAGAGAACGUAAAAGAAGACAUGAGAACCGUUGAGAAGCUCUACAGAAAAUUGCAAGAGGCAAACGAAGAGAGCAAAAUAGUACACAAUGCUAAAACAAUGAAGGAUCUUCGAGCCCGAAUGGACAAAGACGUUGAACAAGUCCUCAAACGCGUCAAAGUGAUUAAGGGAAAGCUCGAAGCCUUGGAACGUUCCAAUGCAGCAAACAGAAAUGUUCCAGGGUGUGGUCCAGGUUCUUCAGCAGACAGAACACGAACCUCAGUGGUUAGUGGCUUAGGGAAGAAACUGAAGGACAUGAUGGAUGAUUUUCAAGGGUUGAGAGCAAGAAUGCAGAUGGAGUAUAAGGAAACAGUGGAACGAAGGUACUUCACUAUAACAGGAGAGAAAGCAGAUGAAGAGACAAUAGAGAAUUUGAUAUCAAGUGGAGAGAGUGAGAGUUUCUUACAAAGGGCAAUUCAGGAACAAGGUAGGGGUCAAAUAAUGGACACAAUUUCGGAGAUUCAGGAGAGGCAUGAUGCUGUUAAGGAAAUAGAGAAGAACUUGAUAGAGUUGCAUCAGGUGUUUCUGGACAUGGCUGCUUUGGUAGAGUCUCAAGGGCAACAAUUGAAUAACAUAGAGAGCCACGUGGCGCAUGCAAGUUCUUUUGUUAGAAGAGGCACGGAUCAACUUCAAGAGGCUAGAGAGUAUCAAAAGAGUUCUAGGAAGUGGACGUGCUAUGCCAUUCUUCUUGGUAUUAUACUCGUUAUUGUGUUACUGUUUCCUCUCUUUACUUCGCUUUUGCCUCAUUUAUUAAGCUGA